AUGUUCGUUCGGAUGGAUUUUUGGCCGCAAGUGGAUCAUUUGCAUGCGUUGCUGCGUUGUCAGUGCCUUAUUGUUUUGUUCUGUAUUGGAUAUAGAAGAUCAGUCAUAAGUAUAGAUAGCUGCGAACGACGAAGGCACAAUAUUUUUGAGCGCGAACGCGGCUUUAUCAGCCGCAGAGCGCAUGAGGCGCAAGAGUUACAGCGCGUCGACCAAUUCGCUCGUGAUUGUCCAGCCUUCAGCGUGGAAGAUUUUUUUAGUCGCUUAUCGCUGUUUGCAUCCUAUGUUCGAACGGGAUUGACCGCGUUUCCCCUGGUAAUAGCAAAUCGAGCGCAAAUCUGUUCCAUAACCAAUUCUGUAAUGGCGACGCCUGCAAUGGAAUCCGCAGAUCCUGUCUUUGACAGCGUGAAUGGUGAAUCUCAACUCAGCGAGGCCGAAACCGCACUUUUGAAAGAUGAACUGAGAAAAACUGAGGAAGAGAUCCAGACACUGAAGCAAGUCCUUUUGGCUCGCCAAAAGCAUGCGGCUGAGCUGAAGCGUAAACUAGGCCUCAAUCCUUUGGUGGAACUUGGAAAUGAAGUCAACAAAGGAAUAAAGGCUGUCACGGAAACGGAAGCGUUCCAUAAGACGUCUGAAGUUGCCGCCGCUACAGCUGACACCGUUAAACACAAAUGGAACGAUAUGCGCAACUCAUCACUUUUCAAAUCAUUCGAGUCAAAGCUGGGGACAGCUUAUAACAGCGCCAAGAUGGCUGCAUCCACCUCCAUCGACCACUUAUCGCAAGCAGCUCGAGGAAGCACCGCCACAACGCCUGCAGAAGAAACAAAGCCAACUCUUUCGUAAAUUUUCACCACGAACAUCGAUAUUAUAUAUUAAAAAAAGAUAACUUGCUUGACAUAGCGAAUUUUCUUCUUUCGCAUCACUCUGUUUUCAAGAUAGACGGUUUUCUUCCAGUGUUGAGAUUUCCUAUCAGACAAAGAAUUUCCUCAAUAUACGUGUACCGCUUGACACAAAAUGUUAAGGUUACAUCUUCAC